UACACAUACUGAGAUAAAUAGCUAUUUUUCUGCAUCUCAUCUCUCUCUAGAUUCACGGCAUCUAACAGGUGAACAUACUAUUGAAACUAGAGAGAGAAAGCUCGAAUAAUAAGAAGAUGAUGAAGAGAGAGAACGAGUGUUUCCAUGUAAUUCAUAAGGUUCCUUCUGGUGAUGGUCCUUAUGUUCGAGCCAAACAUGCUCAGAUAGUCCAGAAAGAUCCGGAGUCUGCCAUAAUUUGGUUUUGGAGGGCUAUAAAUGCAGGGGAUAGAGUAGAGAGUGCCCUAAAGGACAUGGCUGUAGUUAUGAAGCAAUUGGAUAGAACUGAAGAAGCUAUUGAAGCUGUCAGGUCUUUUAGGGGUCUUUGCCCCAAACAUGCCCAAGACUCACUUGAUAAUGUUCUCAUUGACUUAUACAAGAAAUGUGGAAAAGUUGAUGAACAAAUUAUGCUGCUAAAGCAUAAGCUUAAAAUGAUAUAUUUAGGAGAGGCCUUCAAUGGAAAGCCCACAAAGACUGCACGUUCUCAUGGGAAGAAAUUUCAGGUUUCCAUCAAGCAGGAAACUUCUAGGAUACUGGGGAAUCUGGGCUGGGCUUACAUGCAGAAAUCCAAUUACAUGGCAGCAGAAGUUGUAUACAGUAAAGCCCAAAUGAUUGACCCGGAUGCCAAUAAAGCCUUGAAUCUGUGCCAUUGCCUCCUCAAACAGGCCCGACAUCAAGAGGCACAUUUGGUUCUUCAAGAAGUAUUGCACUAUAAUCUUCCGGGUUCUGAGGAUUCCAAGUCGAGAAAUCGGGCCGAGGAAUUGUUGUUGGAACUGGAAUCCGUGCAGCCUCAGCCAGCACUACUGAAUCUUCCGGGCUUGAAUUUUGAAGAUGAUUUUGUAGAGGCACUUGAACGGGCCUUGAAUGAAUUGGCACCAGCCCGGUCAAGAAGGCUUCCAAUUUUUGAAGAGAUUUCGCAGUUUAGAGACCAACUGGCUUGUUAACUUCAUUCCACGAUGGGUGGGUUAUGGAAAAUUUAAAGUGAUUUAUAAUGAAUAUUUUUAGCCAUUAUGAAAACUUUAUAUGACUUUCAUUUCCAUGGAGGUCACCGAGUGAAAUUAAGUUGAUUCUUGAAAAAACAACUAUGCAAGUAAUGGUCCCAAAUGAGGACUUUGUAAAUUAGCGUAAUAAUUUGUGUAUUACAAUUAUAAAUUUGAUUGCUUCUCUUGUAA